CAUAUGCAAUGUGGAUGAAUUGCCAUUGGCACGAAUUUUCUAUCCAAUUUUGAUGGGAUUUUUAUUUCAUAUGCGUUCAUUUUUUCCAUGGCAAACUCCAACACUCAUCCAUAAAGCGAUGAAAUUUGUGAAAUGCCGACACGAUGAACAAAUGUUGAUGAAUUGCUAUUCAUUCUUAAUUCCAUCACAUGCUUAAUUGGAAAAUAUCGGGUACUGUAUGUUGUGACGUUGAAACUACGCUGGACUUUAUUUCGUUAAAAACAAAGUAAAAUGAAACUAGAACCGAAUAUUUAGUUAUUUUGUUAUUUGUUUGUCGAUUUAUUCUAAUUUCAUAUAUAUAUAUGUGUAUGUGCGUGUGUACGAAUGCGUGCGCGCGCCAUUUGAGUAACCAAUGUUCAUAUUGAGUUCUUUGAAUAAAUAUACUUGUUUAUUGAAUUUGCAUAUAAAAUGUAGACAUUUGUUAAUUUCCUUACUUUGUUUCAUUACGUUGGCUGUACGGCCAUAUGGGUAGUGCGGCUUAAAUAGCAAGUAACAGCACUUAGUGUGUCAGUGCUCUUUGUACUGAAACCGAAGAGAUUUGUUUGUCGUCGUGUGUUUACACUGGAAAAGUGAGUUGAAAAAAGACGAGCGCAAUGGCGGCCUUGAGUAAAUAUUAUAGUGAAAUUAUGCGAAAUCAUAAUGUAACGUGUGCAUAUGUGCUGCAUCCCAACGAGUCAUGCUCGUGGUUUUUAAUCAAAACUCUGCCCAUCACUAUAUUUCGAGUGUCUCAGUUUUUUGUUCCAUUAUAUUUUUUGCCGUUGCUUGCUAAUUCAAAAAAACUCAACAAGGAAAAAGUGUACGAAGUUCUUGAGGUGUUUGUGAGCUCAGUAGUCGGCGGGAGUUUCACGGUCUAUAUAGCUUUUUUGACCAUUUGCCUUUUAUCGAACAUCUUCGGCCGCUCAUCGUUUUGGACUCUGAUACCAAUCCCAGCAAUGACUGGUGGUCUGGCCAUCUUCUUUAUCAACGAUAAGAUCCGGAGUUUCUUCAGUCAUGCCUGCUCGAUUGUCGUUUUCGAUAUAUUGAUGCGCGACGGUUCAUUGUGGCCAAUGCGAAUGUUGAAAACACAUCGAUCGCUUCGAACGUUACUGUUCAUGGUUCUUAGUGGUGUCAUUGUGGAUUCGAUGUACCUAAAUAGUGAUUCAGUGUUUUGGCUAUUUAAACCAUUAAAAAAAUACCAAAAACCAAUCGAAAAAGUUCCGAGUGAAUCGAAGCCCAUUGAUCGACAUCACAUUUGCCAUCAUAAAAACAGCUGUGACUCGCAUAUCUUACACGUUUUCAAAACGUACCUAAUGCUUGGAAUGGCAUUGGAAGUUCUCAAGGCAUUCUUUGGCAAUUUUGGAUUAUUUGUACGGAAUCCUUUAAGUGGUUUCAUUCACGUGAUCAAGCAUAUAAAGCCAAAUUACUUACUAUUUAUCGGUGGCUAUCCAACACUUACCCGUCUAACAAAUUGCAUACUAAAUAACUGGCUACAAAAGUCGACGCGUUUAAAUCAGGAUAUAUCUGCGGUCAUCGGCGGUCUUCCAUUCUAUUUCUGUGCAAAUGAAACGCCAAUUCUGGCACACACAUUUGCCACGGGCAUAGAAUCGAUUUGGCAUCGAUACAAAAAAUACUCAGAUCCAGAAACAAAGACCUAUCAAUGGUUAACCAAAAUUCCAUUCAUCCCAUUGGUGUACAUCUUUGGAGGGAGUCUAAUGUAUACGUCGAGACUUUUCUUUCCGUGGCUUGCUCCAAAGUUUUUGCAACGAUUAAUGAUGCUCAUCACAAAUUGCAAAUUUGAUAUCAUCGGUGAAAGAGUACAUUCAUUUUGGAUACCCGAAGUGAUAAUUUAAGCACGAAUCAAUUCGAGUCACCAUUAAAGCUGUAAUUAUGUAAUUGUUAAUAGGAUAAAGAAUGUUACAUUGAAUUUUUGAAUGAGGCUAGGGAACAAACCAAACAAAAAAAAAGAGAAAUACUAAAUGUUAUAAGGAAUAUGAAAUAUUCAGUGUUUUUGUUUGUUUAGUCGACUUCUUCAAUCGACCUCCUCGACAGUUGGGCCUCUUUGUGGGCCAGGACGAUGAUGAGACGACGACUGCGAUGAUUGAUCGCCACCACCACCACCGGCGCCAUGCAAUUUUGACAUAAUUGGUCCGCAUACUUGUUGCAAUUCUUUCAAUUGAUGCUCGAAUUCCUCUUUUUCGGCCAAAUUAUUUGCAUCCAGCCAUGACAUUGCCGACGAGCAUUUAUCUUUAACGGUUUGUUUAUCGGAAUCGCUGAGUCGAUCAGAUGGAGCAUCUUCAACGGCUUGUUUGCAACCGAAAAUGUAAGUUUCCAAUUGAUUGCGCGCGACAAUCUUUUCCUUUUGACGGUCGUCUUCUUCACGGUAUUUUUCUGCAUCGGAUAACAUACGAUCGAUUUCGGCCUUUGACAAACGGCCUUUGUCGUUGGUAAUUGUGAUCUUCUCUUGACGACCGGUGCUGUUAUCCUUGGCCGAUACAUUCAAAAUACCGUCAGCAUUCAAAUCGAAUGUGACCUCGAUUUUUGGAACACCCCGUGGCGCGGGUGGGAUGCCGUUCAAAUUGAAUGUGCCCAAAAGGUUAUUGUCUUUGGUCAUGGCACGUUCACCCUCGUACACUUGAAUGGUAACGGCAUUUUGAUUGUCGCUGUAAGUGGUGAACGUUUGUUGUUGUUUGCAUGGAAUGCGAGCAUUGCGUUCGAUGAGUUUGGUCAUUACUCCACCAGCCGUUUCGAUACCCAACGACAAUGGUGUAACAUCAACUAGAAGAACAUCUUGAAUCUUUGAACUGCCUUCGCCACUCAAGAUAGCUGCUUGCACUGCGGCACCAUAAGCAACCUAUACAUUAUUAUUUUUUUGGAAAUAAUAAAUUUUUAAACACAAUUUCUUCAAGGAGAAUUAAAUGUGAGCAAGAUACUUACCGCUUCAUCUGGGUUGAUCGAAAGGUUUAAUGCUUUGCCGCAGAAGAAAUCUUGAAGCAUUUUUUGGAUUUUCGGAAUGCGAAUUGAGCCACCGACCAGAACGACUUCAUCGAUUUUUCCCUUGUCCAAUUUGGCAUCGGUCAACGCUUUCUCGACCGGUUGCAAUGUUGAGCGGAACAAAUCCAUGUUCAAUUCUUCGAAACGAGCUCGAGUGAUUUUGGCAUAGAAAUCAACGCCUUCAUGCAAUGCAUCAAUUUCCAAUGAAGCUUCUGUGCUCGAUGAAAGUGUUCGCUUAGCCCGUUCACAAGCCGUACGCAAACGGCGCAAAGCACGUGCAUUUCCAGUCAAAUCUUUCUUAUAUUUGCGUUUGAAUUCCUCCACAAAAUGAUUGACCAGACGAUUGUCAAAAUCUUCACCACCCAAAUGGGUGUCACCAGCUGUGCUCUUUACUUCAAACAAUGAACCCUCGUCAAUCGACAGAAUUGACACAUCAAAAGUACCACCACCCAAAUCGAAAAUCAACACAUUCUUCUCACCCUUCAAGUUUUUAUCAAGACCAUAGGCCAAAGCGGCAGCCGUUGGUUCGUUGAUGAUACGCAAUACAUUUAGCCCAGCAAUUGAACCAGCAUCUUUUGUCGCUUGACGUUGCGAAUCGUUGAAAUAAGCAGGCACCGUGAUUACGGCAUCUUUAAUUUUACUGCCCAAAAAUACUUCGGCAAUUUCGCGCAUUUUCGUCAAAACCAUCGAGCUAAUCUCUUCCGGUGCGAAAACUUUACGUUCGCCCUUGAAUUCCACUUGGAUUUUCGGUUUUCCACAAUCAUUGAUUACGGUAAACGGCCAGUGUUUGAUGUCAUCUUGAAUUUUCGGAUCGUCAAAUUUACGGCCAAUCAAACGCUUCGCAUCGAAUACCGAAUUUUUUGGAUUCAUAGCGACCUGUAAAAAAAUCACAGAGAGAAAACAAAAAAAUUAUGACAAAACGAACGAACGAAUUAUGUCAUUUACGGCGUACACAUAGUAAAUAAAACAUGAACCGACGGAUUCUCUAUUAUACAAAAACAGUAUAAUGCCAUAAACGAACGCGCGCGCGAUUCGUAGCAUGUUUCGAAAUUUGAUGUCAUUGUGAGUAGGCGCUCGCCGAUUUGCGUUGCUGUUGCUGUUGCUGCUCUACCUGUGUCACAAUGUCAAAUUUAGAAUCGCCAAUUUCAUCGCAUCGAACACAAUCCAAUAUCAAAUAUAUAAUGUUUAGAUUAGGUGAACAUGGUUCGAAUAUGCUUAUGCGUAUAUUUGAUUUUUAGGAGAAGAAAAAAAAGACACACGCACUGGAUGAUACUCCCGAAAAUUUAGCGGUUACGUGGAACCAAAUUGAAAGCUAUUUUUAAAAGAUUAUGUUGUUGCAUGUAAAUCGUGGGUGUUGCUCAUAUUGCGCGAGUGCUACUUUGAAUUUUCCUCAUUGAAUUCAUGCUAGAGAGAGAGAGAGAGAGAGAGAGAGCGAGAGAGAGCGAGAGAGAGAGAGAGAGAGAGAGAGAAAUGAAGCGCCGAAAAUAUAUGUAUAUAUAUCCAUCGAAAUAUAUGAAUAAAUAUAUCAACAAAUUACGAAAAUAGAAUCGGUUUACUCAUCCAUUGAAACUGUGCGUCAUGUUAUGUUAGGCUUUUUUUUCGCUUCAUACUUCUACAUUCGAGAAAUUUCGCGUCCGUUCACAGAUCACACGCGAAAUUCAAAACAAACAGCAAACAAUCUCAUAUAUGAUUUUAUAUAAAAUUGUCUAUAUACAAUUGUUCAGGUUCAUUUGUCGUCCGUACUUUUAUGAUUGGUUGCGUUAUUUUACGGAAAUUCAAUUCGAAGUGCCCAUAAAAAUUCGUUUGUGAUCUCCGCUCAAUCGAUACCAUAUGGACUAUGUACAUGAUGUGCUAUGCGUAUAACAUUUCAUUGACAAUAUCAUCGCAUAAACAGCGAGAAAACAAUCAGCAAACGUUGUGUUUCAAUCAAGAUAAAGAUGAAAAAACACACUGUGCACAUCGUGAUGAGUGGAUGUAUGGACUCUAAGAAUAAAUUGUUAAUUAGAACAUUUUGCGGUUUUUGCUUAACAUACGUCAUAGUAACAAUUAAUAAUUCAUUAAUUGUUUGGCCAAAUUCUAGCAGCAGCUACAAUAAAACGAACCGAAAAAAGACGUGGCCUGUAAAUUGUGCUCUCUCUCUCUCUCUCUCUGUGUGUGUGUGUGUGUGUGUGUGCGUAUAUUUCGGAUUGACCAUGUAUACCAGCACACUAAUGGCUUAUUUAUUGUUCUGAAUAAUGCAUUAGUAUCAAUCUCAUUGGCGAAAAUGCAGCACCAAAAAUGGUCAAGUACACGAAAACCUCGAUUGUCAUCAACAGUGCGACAAACAUCAAUUUCAUGCUCAACAUAUGCUGCUGCAUUAUUCACGAAGCAUCGCUAAGGGCAUUUGUGUGCGCAUAUCAUCAAAUGCUUUUCUCGAAAAUCAAAUACAGCGCAAACAACAACAUCAACAUUGAGAGAAAAAACACCUAAAAAUGCAUCGUGCAUUUUGAUCCAGCGCGCUCGCACUCGCGCUCGUGUUGUUCAUGACACACUAAAAAAAACAUAACAAAUAUUUCCAUUUCGAUUGGGUUUCGUGUCGCUUACCUGAUUUUUUGCGGCAUCACCAAUUAAACGUUCGGUAUCAUUGAAUGCCACAUACGAUGGUGUUGUCCGGUUUCCUUGGUCGUUUGCAAUGAUCUCGACUUUUCCAUGUUGCCAAACUCCCACGCACGAGUAUGUCGUUCCCAAAUCAAUACCGAUUGCCUUUGCCAUUCUGUUCGCUUAAUUUGUU